GGGGGGUGCCGCCUCGGGGGGAACAGCGGCAGCCUCCGUCGGACGAGGCUCUUGGUCGAUCUGUGAGCAGGCAUCGGCUGAAGCCAAGCAUUGAGGCGCCUCCCCCCGCAACAUCAUCUCUCUUAAAGAUGGCGCCUCGCGCCCGCCAGUCGCGCAGCAGCGUGUUCGCCUACGUGGCCCUGGGCGCGCUCGCCGCGCAGCUGCUGGUCGAGCUGCAGGUCUCGGACUUCGCCGACGGCGAGACGCUCGCCGCGUUCGCGGCCCCCGGGGCCGCCCCGGCCCGCGUGGGCGUCGAGGCCACUGUCGCCAACCAGCUCACCCGCCGUGCCCCCGCGACUCUCCCAGACGCCGGCUGGCGCGCUGGGGGCGGCGCCACCGCCCGGGCUGCCGCCGCACCGACCGUGAGCAUCGCCUCGAAGGUGAUUAACAUGGCGCCUCGUGCCCGCCAGUCGCGCAGCAGCGUGUUCGCCUACGUGGCCCUGGGUGCUCUCGCCGCGCAGCUGCUGGUCGAGCUGCAGAUCUCGGACUUCGCCGACGGCGAGACGCUCGCCGCGUUCGCGGCCCCCGGGGCCGCCCCGGCCCGCGUGGGCGUCGAGGCCACUGUCGCCAACCAGCUCACCCGCCGUGCCCCCGCGACUCUCCCAGACGCCGGCUGGCGCGCAGGGGGUGGCGCCACCGCCCGGGCUGCCGCCGCACCGACCGUGAGCAUCGCCUCGAAGGUGAUUAACGCGAUGGGUGCGGGCGCGGUCGCCUCGGUCAUCCAGGCGGCGCUGUCGGCGGUGGGCGAGCCCAUCGUGAACCGCGUGCUGGUCAAGCGCAUGAAGGUCAUGGAGGCCAUCAACGACGUGAGCGCGGCGCAGAUGCUCAACUUCUUCAAGACGACGCUGGCCACCAACUUCCUGAAGUUCCCGUUCUUCGAGGCCAUCAACGCCUUCUGCGCAGCGUUCCCGGUCAGCGCGACGUACCGCGGAAUUUUCACAGGCUUCGUCUUCACCACUGCCACUCUGCCUGUUACGAACUACAGGUACCGCAAGUCGAUGGACCUCGAGGUGAACUGGGGCAACAUUUACGAGGCCUACCCUCCCACCGUCAUCCGUGACAUCGUGUACGGCAUCGCGCGCAACUACUGCACCAUGGGGGCGCUCAUGCUCAACCCGGCCUGGUCGAUCACCUCUCCCGAGUUGCUGUUCAUUGUGGUGAUCCUCGGCUGCCUCAUCUCGGCGCCUUUCAAUGAGUGGCGGGGGUUCCUCCUGCAGUCCAAGGGUCAGGAGCUCACGUUCAAGGAGUUUUUCAAGCCGUCCAACUUCAUCCGGUCGACCACGCUCGGGGCGAUCAAGCAGGGGGUGGCGCUCGCGCUGGGCUACUGGUGCGCGCCUCCAGCGACCGCGUUCGUCCAGGGCCUCAUCGCGUCACUCCGCGGUGCCUGAGGCGGCGGCUGGGGGUCACUACGUUUUUUUUCUUCUCGGAAGAGCGGACAGACUCUGCAAGGAGCAAGGAGCCUUGCCUGUAAUCGUCCUCCCUUUCUCUCCCCCUCUCCCUUUCCUGGUCUCU